CGUACAAGAGCAGGCUGAAUCUUACUCUGAGGAUGAAAUAGUGAAAUCCACACCAGGGAAGAAGACAGGAACUGCCAAGAGGAGAAGAGAUAUACAAAGCAAUGAAGGCAGGAAAAAAAAGAAAAAGACUCAAGAGAUAGGUCCCAUGACUCUUGGUACUGAUGGCAUAUUGUGGAUGUCCUCUUCGGAAGCGAAGCUUAACCUUCCGAAAAAGAAAGUGGAGAAGGAGCCUGAGGUGGAAAAGUUGAAACGAGCUCAGCAAGAAAAGACAAAUCAUUUCAGAAAUAUGCACAAGAUUUACAUUCAAGGAACAGAUCUCCCCGAACCUAUUGCUACAUUUGAGCAACUCCAGGAAGAAUACAAAAUCCACCCAAAAAUCAUGCAGAACAUCGAAGCUGCUGGAUUCCACACUCCUACGCCAAUUCAGAUGCAAGCAAUUCCUGUAAUGCUUCAUGGUCGUGAGCUUCUGGCUUGUGCUCCCACUGGCUCGGGAAAGACAUUGGCAUUUAGCAUUCCUAUUUUAACACAGCUGAAACAACCCAUGAACAAAGGGUUCAGAGCUCUUAUCAUCUCCCCCACGCGGGAGCUUGCGAGUCAGACACACAGAGAGCUGGUGAAGUUGUCGGAGGGCACUGGCUUCAGAGUAAACAUGAUCCACAAAGCUGCUGAGGCUGCAAAGAAGUUCGGUCCAAAAUCGGCCCAGAAAUUUGACAUUCUGGUGACGACUCCAAACAGACUUAUCUAUCUCCUAAAACAAGACCCUCCUGCAGUAGAUUUGACCAGGGUUGAGUGGCUGGUGGUUGAUGAGUCGGACAAGUUAUUUGAAGACGGGAAGACCGGGUUCCGAGACCAGCUGGCCACCAUCUUCCUCGCGUGCACCUCCCACCUCAUCAAGAGGGCCAUGUUCAGCGCAACGUUUGCACAUGAUGUCGAGCAGUGGUGUAAACUGAAUCUCGACAACGUCAUCUCUGUCUCUAUUGGCGCAAGAAACGCUGCAGCUGAGACGGUGGACCAAGAGCUGUUAUUUGUUGGAUCGGAAACAGGAAAACUGUUAGCCAUGAGAGAUCUGGUGAAGAAGGGUUUCACGCCUCCUGUCUUGGUUUUCGUACAGUCCAUUGAGCGGGCCAAAGAGCUAUUUCACGAGCUCAUUUAUGAAGGCAUCAACGUGGACGUCAUCCAUGCAGACAGGACCCAGCAGCAGAGAGACAACGUAGUCCACAAUUUCAGAGCAGGGAAGAUCUGGGUCCUCAUCUGCACUGCUUUGCUGGCAAGAGGGAUUGACUUCAAAGGGGUGAAUAUGGUUAUCAAUUUUGACUUCCCAAGCAGUGCCGUGGAAUACAUCCACCGGAUAGGUCGCACGGGGAGAGCAGGUCACACAGGCAAAGCAGUUACUUUCUUCACAGAAGACGACAAGCCAUUACUGCGAAGUAUAGCCAGUGUUAUUGAGCGAGCGGGCUGUCCCGUGCCGGACUACAUCAAGCAUUUCCGCAAGUUGCAAAGCAAACAUAAGAAGAAGCUGAUCAAGAAGCCGCUGGAAAGGGAACACAUCGUUACGUCUCCUCAGUACUUGAAGAGGAUAGCCAAGAGGAAAAAGUUAACUGCCAAGAAAAAAGUGAAGAAGGAUGCAAAAAACAGCAAUUCUAAGGCAGAGGCUGUUCCAGAAAAUUGAUUCUCAUAUCUUGAAUGCACAGUCAACAUGAACAAGGUUUCUGCCGUAUUUGCAGGACUGGGGGAUCUGAGCCACAUAAGCUGCUGAUGGACAAACGAGGCCUCUCUUGUCUAUUUUGGCUGCAGUUUUAACUGUGACCACAGCAAUCUGAAACCAGACCUGGUUUGCAAUGGUUGUGUGGGAAGGAGACCAUCUCCUAAGUGCGACGUUUUGCUAGGCUCAUGUUCUAAAAGAGGACAAGUGUCAUAACUUGAAGCAUCUUGUAGAUUUUUUGUGGAGGGGGAGUAGCUGAGAGGGUGUGUUGCCCAGAGCCGAGCCCAUUGUCCAUUCAAUGAUCAUGUGCUUUAUAAAGAUUCAUGUUUUUAUUA